UAUUUCGAUCAAUCAAAAAGCGAAGACGUUUGUCUCUCAUAAAUUUAAUACGUGGUACGCACAACGUGUUAGCAAGUAGUUCAAGAAAGAUAUAGCUUCUGGUGCCUAAUAUGAAACAACCAAUUCUCAAUGUAAAACUGUAAGUAAUGGGAAAAAGGAAAGAUAAGGAUCGAGAUCACGGUUCUCCGGGAAAAAAGAAACAAAAGAAACACAAAAAGCAUAAAAAGAAACGUGAACGUGCAGUUGUUUCAGAUGAGGAAAUAGAUGUUGUAAAUGAUGAUUCUCUGCGUGAUGAAGGAAAAGCAUUGAAAGUAAAAAUAAAGUUUGGUGGACAGACAUUGUCCACAACUGAAGUUGAAUACUCAGAUUCAGCAAAAGAAGAUAUAGAAGCUGAUGACAUUCUAAAUAGUUCAGUAAUAUCAGAUGUGGAAACUGAGGGAAAUGCUGGCAGAAGAAAUAAAAGAAAACUUGAUGAUGAUGAAUGGUUAGAUGCAUUGGAAAAAGGUGAACUUGAUGAUACUGGAGACAUCAAAAAAGAGAAAGAUGCAUCACUAAUGACAGCACGACAGAGAGCCUUACGUGGUGAAAAAGUGCAUGGAGAAGAGUUAUUGCAACUUCCCAUGUAUACUGAGAAAACUGAAGAGGAGACUGAAGAGUUUGAGCGAAAAAGAAAGUUGAGAGCGAAGAAGCGACGCCAACAAAUGCAGAAACAAAUUGAAGAUACUAAAACACAAACCAUUGAGAAAUUGUUGAAAGGCCAAAAGGGAAAGAAGGAUGCUGCAAAGCAACAAAACAAAAAAAUCGGCGAUCAUGUUCGUUAUACGAGUAAUAAAGACGGCUUUCUGUUGUCGUUCACUGAUGCAUCUCAUUAUUCAUUGGUGCAGAAACAAAUUUCAAGUCUCUUCACUCCCUCCUUCCAGGAGGCUUGGAAGUCACCAGAAAUUACUGUUGAAACCCAGAGAGAAGCUUCGUAAUGGCGUGUAGCGUAAAAUUCGUUGUAAUCCAGCGUUGUAAAUACAGGUCCUUCCAAGCCAGCAUAAAAUUUAGGCUUUUGUGUGUCGACUUUGUUGUCAGAUUGACUUUCAUCAGAGAAAUAGGUGAAUAAAAUUCCCAUUUUUUUAGCUAGUGCAUCCACAGCGUUUUUUUAGCUUGAGUGAAUUGUUCAAACAUCUUCCACUGUUAAAGACAUUUAACCGAGAAAAACGCAUACUUUAUUCUUCUCAAAACCUUACUUUUUAUUUAUGAUUUUAUUUUAUUUUUUGAAAAAAGAACAUUGUAAGAAAUGAAUAAUUUAAAUAAUGUAAAAUAUUCUUUUUUUGUGUGUUAAGAAUUUGCAGCUUCAAUCAAUUAAUACAAAAUAAACAAAAAUGUGAUUUGAUUCUAUAGCAUAAAAAGUAAAAGAAAAAUUCCUGCGUUUUAUGAAAUUCCUUCCUUAGCCCACCACCCUCAACAGGCAACUUCUCAUCCAUUUAAAACUGGGCCUAGGUGUUUUAAAAUAACCCUCUUUCCGCGUUAGCAUUCGUUGAUAGCCAAGAAUGUUAUUUUGCACUUUUUUCGCUUCCUUAUUCCAGCUGUCUAACCCACUCGUUGAAAAGUGUGAAUUACUGAAACACUUUUAAAUUACACCUAAAGGUUAUAAGAUCUUUUAGUCUCACUUUUAAUCAUAGUGCCUCGUUUCCACGAGCUUUAAAUACCCUGGGAGAUUUAUGCGUUUCACUCUCUGACUGGGUUUUCAUUUUGAUGAAAUUUUAUACAGCGAACUAAAACAAGUAUACUGGAAUAUAAAAAUUUUGUUUUUGCUUCAAACAAGGAAUCAAAGUUGAUAUUUUUCAGUUACAAGGGCUUUUAAUCUUGCGUUCUUAACCUUGCAAGUAGUAUACAAGUUUUUAGUAAUUUUAAUGGCAUUACGUUGAUUUUCUUACACUUUCUUUGUAUAUAGGUUGUAAUCAGGGGCGUGAUUUUUUACCCCUGUCUUCGCAAUUUGUAGCGCGUGUUGCCUUAUUUCCCCCCUAUUAAAAUUAGUAUGUUUAUAAUAUAUAUAUAUAUAAACUUUUCAGAGUUUUCACGAAUAUCUAUUAGACACCAAAAUGCUAAUUUUUGAGUCUUACACCUCCAAGAAAUUUAGAUUUAAAUUUCUAUAUCUUUAUAAUCGGUAAAAUAUAAUGACUUCUGGUAGGAUUAAGGUUUGAACUUUAAAAUUAUAAGUCUAUUCUAUCAAGAAGAACCAUUAUACAUAGUUUCAAGACUUGACAAACCCGAUUUCCCGAAAAAGCGGACUUUCGGGUGAUUUUUGGGCACUUUGUCUUAUGAAACUAGAAGAUUUGUUAAACUAAUAUUUUUUUGAUUGUCAAGAACUUUAAGCAGAACGUUAAUAUUUGUUCUAGAAGUUAAAUAAUUGAAUUUUGAAGAAAAAGUCUUUUGAUAGUCGAAUUUCAUGCUUCUAUUGACGUCACAGAAAAAGUGCUGAAAUAAAAAUUUAAUGCUACCAUUUUGUUUCUUUUGUGGCGUGCAACAACUAUACCAAGUUUGAUUUAUUAAAAGUAAUCAGGCGGUGGAUGCAGGUUAUUUCAAAGCGUUCAUUUAGAAGUGCGCAGGUUUCUGUUUUCAAAUAAGUUCUACGUUAUUUUAGUUUAGUUCAGUUAUGACUCGAUCACUCCAAUCU